UGUGACAAGGAGUAAAAGGGUGAAAACAUGUAUAAACGCAAGAUUACGCGAUUACACCGUCGUUUCUAAGUUUCUGGAUCUGUUGGGGAGUGAGAUCCAAGUAUGUCGCGAGCACUUCGCUAGUGUGAGCCCCGAGGUCAGGUCCUGCCCAUCUUGGUGCAGAAUCACAUCCUUCCAGCACGGGAAAAGUACCCGGCAUCUUGACAUCCCAUCCUCCGGAGUCGACUUUCACAUCCUGAAUUGCUCCUCUCGAAACGACCUGCUCGCUGCUAACGAUCUCGCGAACACUGAGAACACGGCCGACAGGAAUCUUUUCCGCUGCGAGCUUCUUCUCAACUUCCUCAGCACUCAGAUUACUUGUCCAGGCCGAUAUGGCUGUCUCGAUCUCCUCUUUCCGGGAAACACGAUGAUGGUUUUGAGCGUAGUCGGGCCCGAUGAGGUGCGGUGCGCCAAUGACCUUCAUCAAACGAGCGUAGAUGGAAUCUCCAUUGGCCCCGAUCACGAUGUAAACGGGAGUCAUUGGGGCAGCAGGGUCAGGGAGACACGGAUAGGCAUUGGUUGGGACAAUUCCAGUGACGGAGGAGCCAGAGGGACCUCGAACCUGCAGGAAAUAAACAAAUUGAACCCAAGCGUGCGGCAAUUCAUUACUUUGUUCUUCCGAUCAUACUCCGGUACGAUGCCUUCCAUGAGAUUGAGCAUGCUGCGCACGUUCAGGGGGCAUAAUACUUGAAGCAAGCGCAGACGCUUACCUUUCAAGAAUGCUCACGUCUACAGUCAUCCCACCCUUCUCACCCACAUCCCUUUUCUUCUGCCUUUGCAGAAGAGCAAGAACCUGGCCGCUACUUAUCAGCCUGCAAAAGGCAAGCGCAAGAUUGACUGACCGUCCCAAACGCAGCAUGAAGACCCGCCACGGAAUCGCCGAGGCUGAUGUUCGGUCUUACCGGUGGGCCACUCAGGCCCCCAGUCUCCACGUCCACAAAGCCAUUGAUGUAGCGAAAUCCUGACUCGGCCUCGCAGACAGACGCGUAUCCAGGUCUCGAUGCCCAAGGACCAGUUUGACCGUAGCCACUGACGCGAGUGUAUAUGAGAUCUGGGUUAUGUGGGUGCAAAGACGCUGGAUCUAGACCCCACUUCUCGAGGGCUGGAAGACAGCAAAAAGCGUCGUAUCAGCCUGUGUGAAUCACGCAAAUCGCUGAGCUUACUGCCCGGCUUGAAGUUUUCAAUGAGCACAUCAGACUGUAGUGCAAGGUCCCGAACGAGGCUAUGUCAGAUGGGCUGAGCACAAGAACGAAUGCAAUUGCGGUCUUACGUACUCUCUUCCCUGCGUGCUGUGAAGAUCUAUGGCGACACUCUUCUUGUUCCUCCCAAUAGAACGAAACCAAGGACUGACGCCGUCCACAUCUAGUUCACGCCAGACUCUAAGCGGAUCUCCCUUUACAGGAGGCUCUAUCUUGAUUACUUCUGCCCCAAACUGACUGAUUCUUGGAUGACUGAGCUUGUCGGAUGGCAGAGCUGUUGGCGCACCCGAGAAGUUGGCCAGCAAAUGGGCCGGCGAUGAGCUGCCCUAGCUCGAGGACACGAACACCGGACAGUGGUAGUGUGCUCGUAGAGUACGACCGUCUCCGAAGAAUAUGGCCGAGGGAACUCAUUAUCGUUCAGUGCGGGGUAAAGUACCGGUAAGCAGUAAGCGGCUUUAUGUGAGAUAGCGAUGGCUGUGCUCUGGCUGUCAAUUGCAUUUUGGUCUGUUGACUGCUCCUGCUUCUCUCUUCGGCCGAUGACUUCACGCGUCCAAAAGGGAGGUCCUGUCUUCAGGCCAGUCGUCAAUGCCCGGUCUCGGGCCGGGAGCGCCAUACCCAAGCGCGCAGCUGCAGAGAAUUCUUUGUCGACACCAGAUGCAUCUCUGAAUGGUCGCCCUUCCGAUCUAUCCUCGGAAGCUUUGUCGAUGCCCCCUCCGCCGUUACCGUCUUCCACUAAUCCCUCCGGCGAUCAGACCUCACCAGACCUCCCACCACCUGCGACAACGUCCGUGGCCGUCCCUAUCGCGGCACCGUCGAGUUCUCGGGCAAGCGUGCCUCCUUCCAUAGUCUCUACCUCUUCAGCCGCUCCCCCCGCUAUUCGUGCCACUGUGGCACCCCCAACUGUCAUCCGAAGCACCCCUGUACCUCCAGCGAUAGGUCGGGGAGCACCCGUUCCUCCCCCGAUUGGCCGUGCAGCGCCAGCUCCCCAGACCAUUGGGAGAUACAGUGCGGCUAUUUCCACCACUCCGGCAUCGACUGAGAUGCUUCCACUCACCCCGACCCUCGUCAAUCCGACUCCCGCUGCGAGCGAGGCUGAGACUUCCCAACUACAGCCUGAAACUUCGAGUGUGGACCCUCCGGAGGCGGCGGCAGCGCAGGACGAGCUUACCAGUCCGGUGAAAUCAAAGCUACGGAAGCGGAGACGCGCUGUGGCGAAUGUGGAUACAGCGGAUGAUGGCGAUGAAGCGCCAAAGCCGAAAAAACGCAGGAAAAAACUCCCUGAAGAUGGCGAUCGAGAAAGGCCCAAGGCGAAACGAAAAUCUCGCAAGAAGAAUGUGGAGACUGCGGACGGAAACGAGGAGGAGAACGCCGGCAGCGAUACGCCAGUGCGUAAGAGGUCACGGAAGAAGACGACACCUGUCUUUGACCCCGAGGCUGGUCCGGGAGACGAGAUCGAUCCGACUUUAAUCACCAUGGCUGACCUAUGCGACGAUACCGGCCAAGGUCGUAUCAGCAGCAAAGCGAUGGAGAUUCAGAAGAACCAUCUGGCGUGGAAGCAACAAAGCAAGGACAAGCGGGCGCAAAUGCGCGCCCUGGCCGAGCGCAAGAAGUAUGGAAGACCCGAGGAGGAGGAUGAAGACGUCGCUAAUCCCGCUGUUUCUGCGACGGAUAUGCCCUCAACCGAGCCUACCGAAGUCAUCGUUGGAUCGAACAACGACGGGAACGACGCUGAAGUUGAUGAUGCGGCACCUGUCAUCGAGGACGAGUCGGGCAAUGGGUUCGACUAUUCGCAGAGUCUGGCGGUCAACCGUUACGCGGUGCAACUCAGGCUCGGUCCCAACGGCCAGACGAUCAUCGACGAGGACUCGCUGAUGGUUGAUCGUGCAGAGGAUGUGGACACGUCGAACUACGAGCACGUCGUUGAGUCCGACGCCACCAAGUUCAUCAAUUCAGCUUCUUACACGAAGAAAUGCCGUGGCUCUCGCUGGAGUACCGAGGAAACUGAGCUCUUUUUUGAUGCACUGUCUCAGCACGGCGAGAAUUACGAACUCAUAUCCCUAAUGCUUCCUGGUCGUAGCCGAACAGCGUGCAAGAACAAGUUCAAGGCGGAGGACAAGAAAGACACGGCGAGAAUCAACCGCUGUCUAGAGAGCAGAAUCCCCGUCGACAUCAAAAGCCUGACCAGCAUUACCGGACGCGACUUUUCGGGUCCAGUCCCUGUGUUCCGCAUUCCAACGCCUCCACCAGUUGCUCCUAAGGAGUCUCAAUCGGUUGAACCGGAAGGGCGCGGCAGCUCUGUUCGCAAACGAAGUCGGAGUCGCAGCAAAGCACGGCAGUCGGGCGCUGAGGAAGGGUUGGAGAUCUUGGGCGAUAUCGAUUCCUACGAGAAUAUAACGGAAAGCAUCGUUUGAUUAUGUCCAGUUUAUUGUACGAUUCUAGUGAGGAAACAAGGCAACCACAGUAUUGCC